AUGCAUACGCUCUUGAAGGUUGUUUGUGGUACUCUCGUUCUUUUCUCCAGUCCUGCACUUGCAGUUACAAGAUCGAAGUCCGUCGAAGAAAACAUCAUCGAACAGGUGAUAUCCAAGUAUGAACAACCUGUUAUCUCCGACAACGAUAUCAAUGUAUCGGAAGAGUUCAGUGUCACAAUGAUGUUCGACGAAGUCACAACAGACGGCAAUUUUCUCUGGCCCGAAGGAUAUGGAAAUGUGGACUGGUCUCCGAAUCACUACAUCUUCAACGAAUCCGAGCAAAAGCUCUUUCCCCGAAAUCGCGCCACAUCACCUCCAAAUCUCCUUUUCGUGCAGGAUUCAUCUCAUACUGGUGGGGUGGAACCAUACUUUCAAGCACGACUAAACUCACCGGCACAGUCAUUCGAUCUUCAUCAAAUCUCGAUUCUUCCAUACACCGCUACUCCGAAGUCACCAAUUCUCUUCUCAAUUCGGGGUUACCCAGCAAAUGGUGGUCCACCACUCGUGAGAUGGUACAAAUGGUCCAUUGACGCUCAGCUCCAAUAUCCAUGGGAUGCACAAGUUCAGGGAGUAGACGCCGUCAACAAAGUUGAAAUAUUUGUGAUUCCAGGAGACAAUAUCAAAAGCAAAGAAAGAAUUCCUUACACUCUGGAUAAUAUCAAAAUCACAUGGAGAACUUCUCUUGUAGUUGCUAGCAGGGCUAGAAAUGCACAUGUGGGUGGCAUUGCAGAUACCGAUGGCUUAAAGGACGCGGAGUUAUAA